AUGAGGAUUAGCAACAAUUAGUAUUUAGUAUUCUAUAUAAGGAGAAAUAUAAAGUGUCGUAAGGAGGUAAAAAAAUUAAAUCCCCCUAUAAGAAGUAUUUUUAAAGAAUCUUAAGUUCUCAUCCGCAAUAAUAAAAAUUGAUUAAAGAACGAAAACUCAAAAAACAUCGAUAUUAAUAUUAGAAAAUUAUGUUGUUUUCAACAUUUUAAUAAACAACUCCAUAAUUAAAAUAUAAUCUUAGUGCUUGA